AUGAUCAAAGCCAUCCUUAUCUUCAACAACCACGGCAAGCCGCGCCUCUCCAAGUUCUACCAGCGCUAUAGUGAAGAUACACAGCAACAAAUUAUCAGAGAAACUUUCCAUCUAGUAUCGAAACGUGAUGAAAAUGUCUGUAAUUUCCUAGAAGGAGGACUAUUAAUAGGUGGAUCUGAUAACAAGCUGAUUUACCGACACUAUGCCACCUUGUAUUUUGUCUUCUGUGUGGAUUCUUCAGAAAGUGAGCUUGGCAUUUUAGACCUCAUACAAGUAUUUGUGGAAACACUAGACAAAUGUUUUGAAAAUGUCUGUGAACUGGACUUAAUUUUCCAUGUAGAUAAGGUCCAUAACAUACUGGCCGAAAUGGUCAUGGGUGGAAUGGUUUUGGAGACCAACAUGAAUGAAAUUGUUACUCAGAUUGACGCUCAAAAUAAACUGGAGAAAUCUGAGGGCUGGGUGUUGUUUGGGGUUUUUUGUUUGUCCUCACUUUAUACGCAGGCUGGUUUAGCUGGAGCUCCAGCCCGGGCUGUUUCAGCUGUAAAGAAUAUGAACCUGCCAGAGAUCCCAAGAAAUAUUAAUAUUGGUGACAUCAGUAUAAAAGUGCCAAACCUACCCUCUUUUAAAUAACAUGGCCACUCCAGGUAAAACCAAGGAAGAAGUGUAAUAGAGAUUUACUGCUUACUUGUUUACUAAAUAAGCACCAUGUCUAACUUUUGCUGUUUGGAUAAAACUCAAGGUACUGUUUAGACAUAAUUCGAAAAAUCAGUGUGUGGAAUUCAACGUUGCUUUUGUCUUGUUUGUGAAAUUAAAGGAAAUGGGUAGUUCCCAUGUGAUUUCUGAAUUACAUUCCUAUGCCCUCGUAAGGCAUAUCACUGUCUCUCGGCUGCUGCAGUAUUUUGGGAACGUAUGUAAGAUGUUCUUUACUUUGUAUAACCUGUAACGCUGAGGGGUUCUUUUGUAUAUCACUAAGGUCUAUAAUUAGUGCAUUCCUUAACUUUUCUGCUGUUUGUCAUGAUUAUUUAAGACUUUAGUGCAAAUGUUGCAUGAAAACAUUAAACUCCUGUUUUGUUUAAAUAAAAUCGUAACAAACUGGACUUCAAAAUACCUGUUUGUCUGAAAUCUACUCUUUGCAAUAAGUCAUGUUAUUUCCUACUCAUGGAGCCAAUUGGCUGUAUCUACAUACUGUCGUAGCAAGCAUUGAUGUUGUAGUUUAAUCUCUGAAGGAAUUACACAGGAGUGCUGUGAUGGACAUAUUGGCUCUUCACAUUUUUCACAAAAGCUGUUCAUUAUUUCUCUGAAGGAAAAACUGCCUUUACUGAAGUUUGAUGACUUCUGUUUACAUAUAGAUGUUGAGAAGAUACUUACACAAUCUGAUAGACUUUCUCUGAUGGUCAGACUUUGUUGUGGGGAAAAAAAACAUCUGCAAUUACUGUGUUAUAAGAAGUACAGAAUGGGCUGAGAAUGGGCAGCUCAGAAGUGUAAAUGUGAGUGUAUCAAGUAAUGUGAUGAAGAAAAGGAGCUCUGGAAAUGAGGGUACUUGAAUAGGGUCUCUGUGCUUGGGGAUAUUUGUGAUUCUCUACUUUGAGAAUUAGAUUUAUAAUAUACUUAAUAUUGUCAAGACCUCAGAAAAUCUAAGUGCUAUCACCUCUGUGUAAGUUACUCAGCUCUUAAACUCUUUUGUGAUUUAAAAAAAAAAAUAAAAGGGGAUAGUGACUGGUUUUUAUAAUCAUGCUUUUAAGCUCUG